AUGAAUCUGCUGCUAUUGAAUUGUGUUUUCCUGACCAAUGUCAACGGCUAUCUUGGUUUCGACGGACUCUUUAGCGCAUUCAGGCUUUUGAAGAGUGGAGGUAGUCUACGCGAAGCAGAGCAAGGGACUGCAUCGAUGAAGAAAAUAUUGGGCGAAGUAAACAGAAUGCGGGGUGCAAUGGGCUCUGCAACACGUGUGGACAUGAAAGCUUCGAAAGCGGGCCUCGAAACUAUGAGAGCACAACCAUUGCCGAGAACCUUCAGUCGUCGAUCCAGCGUCAAAACCUUAACGCGUAGGAACAGUAAUCACCAAAAUUCUGCACGCGGAAAGUGA